AUGCCAGAGCUGGCAGAGCUGAGCAGCCCUCGCACCCCUGCGGACGCGGACCACAUCCAGAGGAACAUCUUGGAAGAGCACGUGGAGCUCUGGUGGUUCCAGGACCCUAAGAAGUCCAUCCUGUGCUACGGAAUGGCUGUGGUGCUGAUCCUGGCCUGCGGGAUCGGGGACAGCAUCCUGCUGUAUAGAACAAGUUGCCUUCUGGCCGUGGGCACCACGCUCUGCCUCCUGGCCCUGCUCGUGCUGCUGAAGCAGCUGCUGAGCUCUGCAAUCCAGGACAUGAACUGCAUCCGCAGCCGGGAUCAGAUUGAGCUCCUGAAGAGUGGGGGCUUCUCGGACUGCCUGGUGCUGCUGCUCAGCGCCCUGGUGCUGGUGAUCUGCGGGGUGGUGCUCACCAUCCUCUCCACCACGACUAUGCAGCUCAGCCCUGCCCGGCCGCUGGCCAGCAUGUUCACCAGCGGGGUGGUCCUCCUGACUGCUGGAAGUGCCAUCCUCCUCUGCCUGCUGCUCUACCUGCUCUGCACCUCCUGUCGCCAGGCUGCUCCUCGGAGCCUGGAGACUGGCGAGAUCCGCAUCUUCACCAUCUCUGGCCGCCUCGCUGCAAACAGGCGGCUUCCUCCCACCUCCAGCAUGGCCAACCUCAUCUGA